AAGAAGCAGACUCGAACGGACGAGAACACGGUGGCGGCUGACGGCAGCCAUCUUAACACGCGCCAUCUGCACCGAGCUGUAAUGAAGUUCGAAGUCUCCGAGAAAUUCUCAACCUAUUCGCUUUUCCAACCAAGUUACCGUCUCCGUGGUGGUGCGGACCAAAACCUGGCCGCGUCGUCGUCGACGCUUUUGAGGUUAAUUUCUCUGUUGUCCCGACAACCUGCUCGGUUACCAAUUGAUACAGAGAGAGCAAUUUAACGGGGGUUUAAUUUGGGAUUAAAGACAGGAACCUUCAAUGAGACACUCUGCAUUUGCAGUGUCCCAUAUUUUAUAGUUGAAGCUACAUUCAUAUGGAUUUAUGAAUGUUAGUAGCACAUGUAUUAAUUUAACUUAAAGACACAAACUUCAUCUGUAGAGCCAUAAAUACUUUUGUAAUUGAAGCUGUCAUUGUUGUAACUGAAUAUCAUUGAAACUUGCAAUUGCCAGUAGCAGUAUUACUUUAACUAGUCUCAGCAGAAGUCUGCUUUAUACAAUGAUGAUGAGCCUGCUGAAGAUAUAUUGCUGCGUAUGCUCAAGCUUAUAAAUGCUUAGAUAUUUUACACAAUAUGAAUGUGACAAGAAAGAAAUAUAAUACAAAGUAGCUUGUUCUUAUCAUUAUUCUUAUUACAUAAACAAAAAGGUUAUAUAAAUAAAGAGAUAAACAUAAAAAAAGAUACAGUACCCAUAAAAAAGAUACAUUAAUCAGUACCCAUAUGCCAAAGAGGCGUAGAUUCUUAUGAGGAUGUCAAACGACGAGGUGAACAAGCGUGACCACAACUAUAGCGAGGCAUUACUGUUGUCUCCACAACCACUGCUCUCAUUGUCUUAUUCUACUGAUGAUGGUGAUUACAAUAGCGGUGCUAACACCGUUGUCCGGGGGAAAUACCGGCCAGCGCGAGAAAUUGGUCAGAUUAAGGAUCUUGAUGAACUGAAAAAAAUCGCACCGCGCGUGCGCUUACGUGACACUCAAAGUCUGAACGAGUUAACGAAACUUUCUUUGAACACUAGUAACUCGCAGAGCAAUACGUCAAUUUCUGAUAAGGCCAAGCAGGAGCUGAAAAAGUAUUGCCGUACCUGUGCUGGUUUAAAACUGCCCUUGGUCGAUAUCUUUAGUGAGCGGGGCACCCAAAUGCGAUUGAGCCAACAAAUGCGGCACUUGGAAAUCAUUUAUCCGUGUGAUAACUUGUCCACACAGAUGUGCAUGGACUGUAUCUGCGACUUAAAAAUGAGCUAUAAGUUCUUUAUGCAAAUUAAAAAAGCACAAAUCAAGCUGAAGUCAAUUGCCAAUCAGAUAACGGAUAGUGCAGUAGUUUCGAAAAAACCGAUUGAUCCUGAACUGAUACAGCCUCCUAUUGAGAUGAGAGAAGAUAAGACAGAAUCAAGAUCAGCCGAGAAUCCCUCUGUAGCCGAGAAAAAUUUCCUUACACCAUCAACCAUAGAAGAAGAUCAACCUUCUUCCGCAACACAUUCUCAAAAAGAUGAAGAACCUGUUCCGGUUAUUUUUUCGCUACAGGAUAACACAAAGGAGUCAACGGUGGAACAGAGCGUCGGAAUUUUCGAGGAAGUAGUGGAGAUAGAUGAUGAAGACGAUGAAGACUCCAUCGAGGAGUUCGAUCCGGAAGAUCCGGAUUUCCAAGAACAGGAGGAACAGGGCAAGGAAGGACAGCAGGAAGAAUCGCCGGCCGUCUAUAAAUACGAUAUGGCGCGGAAGUCGUACGUACGACUGGAAGGAGCUGCUGAGGAAGUAACGACCGCUGUUACUCAGGUAAUGCCUACCUGCAUCGAGGCAGAAGAAGAGAGUCCAAAAGAGGCAGGGCAGCCGAACAUACUGAAGAAAAGGCUACUAAUGCCGUCGAGAACAAGUACGGAGGGAGAAUCAGGAAGUAGCGGGGGAGAGUCGGCGCCAAAAGUGCAGAAAUUGGAUUUAAACAAUUUUUUUAGCGCGAACAACGCUCCCGAGGAGGACGGAGUUAUGUACGUGACUGUGAAAGGUUCCAAGCCGAACGAGAUACUCCUUGUGAAAGUGAAAAAGAUGGACAAACAGGCAGAGCGUACAUCCGCUGAAAGCAAAUCUGUUGAACGUUUUUUUAAACGUUACGAGACACUAUUAAAGGAUUAUUCGCGAAAACCGGAUGCUCGCGAGCAAAUAAUCGAGGAACAAAUUGAAGAAUACAAGCGGAAACGUGAGAAGGUUCUCGGCGAUCAAUCGGCAAUGAUCUUCUCUCUAAACGAAAACCGAAAGGAAUUACAAAAAGAUAGUUCUUCUUCUUCGAAAUCAAGUCCUGUCAAGGUAGACGAAAUAAUUAUUAAGGACAUAGAGGAGGAAGAACACGAGAUGAUGGACAUAGAAGAGAUAAAGAUAGAAAUGGACGUCAUCGAGGAGCAGGUCAAACCGAAGACGCCGAAAGUGCAACUGGAAGAAACAUAUAGGAAGAAGGAGAGUCUACAAAAAGAGCCGGAGCAGUCCUGCAAGGAAGCGGAUUUGGAAAGAUUGGCGAAAAUCUUGGGCGAAGACAACGAGCAUUUACAGGAUUUCCAGGAGUAUUUGAAGCAGCGCAAGAUCAUCAUCACGCGCCUCAAGAACGAGGAUAUCAUUUCUCUGUAUGAGGAUCGUCACAACAGCGUUCUCAGGCCACGUGAGAGUCUCCCCGACCUCAUCGACGCUUCUCUCCCGGCUGAUUCUCUUGCUGAGGAAUGUUACUUCGAGUGUGAUUAUUGCCCGGAGACGUUUUCCAGUCGUGAAAUUCUUGAGGAGCAUCUCAAGACUCAUGAUUAUCGUAUCAUGCAUUUCUGCGAGGAUUGUGGCGAGGAAUUCACAACCAACAAGGCCAAAAGAAACCACAACAUAGCCUGCCUGAAGAAAUUGAUUUGCAAAUACUGCGACACGCUGAUGGAUACUCGAGGGAGGAAGCGUCGACAUGAACAGAAACAUGUGGAUAGUCUGUAUGGCCAGCUUUGUGAAGUUUGUGGUGAACGAUUCAAGCACCAAGGUACUUUGGACCAGCACCGGAAGACUCAGCAUACAAUCUUGGAGAAGAUCUAUCAGUGUCCUAAGUGCCCGAAGAAGUUCGCCUUCAAACAGAAACUCAGUUUUCACUUAAAGUCAGUGCAUACGACUUUAAGGGCUUUUUUAUGCGAAGAUUGCGGCGCAGAUUUCAAAAAUCCAGCUAGCCUGAGGCACCACCGAAUCCGGAAGCACCAGCCAGUGGGUAACAAGCGCGAGUGUCCAGUCUGCAGGAAGCUAGUGCCAUUUUAUAGUUUGUCAAAGCAUAUGCAUACCCACAAAGCUUAUAGUAUUCAAUGCCCGCAUUGUGACAAAAUGUUCAAGAACAGCUCGACGUUGAAGCAACACGUGAGAAUUCACGAGGAUCAGAGACAAUAUCGUUGCGACACGUGCGGAGUAGGAUUUAACAGAAGAGACGGACUCAGGCUGCACAUGAGGGUACACCAGAAGACAGACAGCCGGGGGCUGAAGGAAUGCUCCUGUCAAGUUUGCGGAGAAAAGUUCCCGAAUCACUCGACUUUGGUGAUCCAUCGAAAUAGGGAGCACAAGGAUGGCAGACAAUAUACAUGUCAUAUCUGCAACAGAUCGAUGAUAUCGACCAGGUCCCUAGAGUGGCACAUGUCGCAUAUUCAUAAUGAAACCAUGCCAGGUAUUGUUCGUGACGAUAAUAUGCCUGAGAAGAAACGGGUCUCCUGUUAUCACUGUAACAAGACAUUUAAGACGGAAAUGAUCCUACGUACGCAUAUCAAAAAAACACACAUGGAGAAGGACCCGAUGAAGUGUCCCGAUUGCGGAGAUGCGUUCACGUCGGAAGUGCGCUUACGUCAUCAUAUGAUGGUAACGCACAAUCGCCUGGAAGGCACCUUGGGAUGUCCGCAUUGCUCUAAACGAUUUGUCAACCAAUUGAGGUUGAAGACGCACAUGAUCUCGCAUUCAGAGGAAAGACCCUAUACGUGCGAAGUAUGCGGUUUCAAUCUGAAGACGAAGAUCCAACUGAUCAAACACCAUCAGAACCGGCACAGCGACGAGCGGCCGCUAAAGUGCAGUCAUUGUCCAUGGCGGUGCAAACAAGUCAGCGCGUUGGUGUGUCACGAGCGUACGCACACCAACGAGCGGCCUUACUCGUGCAGCGUGUGUCGACAGCGUUUCAAGUACCUCGGUGACAAGAAUAAGCACGAACGUCGUCACGAGAGUCUUGGCGGAACUGGCUUCAAGCGCAUCGUUCCCGGAAGAAAUUCCAAGUCGAAGUCGCGCGACGAACAGUCCUCAGCGUCCGAGCAGGAGGUGGAAUUCAAGAACACAGGUGCAAUUAAAGCGGGCUCGGCGUCAGCUGCUGAAGAGCAAUUUGAGAUGCAGCAGGAUGAGCCAUUCAGGGGCAAGUUUAAUAAGGACGAGCAACUUGUGGAGUUUGAGGAACAACAUAUAGUGAAGUUUGAAGAAAACAUUUCGGAAGAUUACGAGCAGGUGUAUGAACAGGAAUAUGAGGAAACGUCGAGGGAGGCUUCGGAGGCUACCGAGGUGAUCAUGAACAUGGAGGAUCCUGGUGUGUAUACGGAAGAAGUGACUGCCGAUAAUAUAGAGGCCGAUAUGAUAACCGAGGAUGAAAUAAUAACAGGUGACAUCCUGCACACGUCGGCUGCCGGCGGCACCACCGCUGCCGUCGUGCAUUUGCAGCAGCAGGACGACACCGGCAAGAUCCAAGUGAUACCGGUUAUGCUGUCGUUGCCUGAUCUCUCUGACGCCAACGCUGAGGUCAACCUUGCCACCGCGUCCAUCAUGUACAACAAUUAACAUAUGCACUUCAUGUGACAUACAACAAUUCGUAUCUACAUGCGUGAUGAUCACACGAAUAUUUUUACGCCCGCCUCAGAUAAUCUAUAAUCCGCGCCGAGAUCCGAGGGAGAAACCCACGUGAGAUUUCGUGUAAUGAGAUAAUUGGAGACGCGCUGAGGCGCAUAUUCAGAAUUAUAUCUACAUAGUUAUUUAGACGGAGUAUGAUAUCUUCAUUUUUCCUACGAUUGACAAGAAAUAUCGACAAUAUUAGGAAAAUACUACAGAUCGUGACACGGAUCGGUGACUCGCGAAUUGUAGAUCAGAGGUGUAAUGUUUGAACUUAAGAAAAAAAAGGCUGCGCUUUUCACUAGAUUUGAAUGCAGACAAAAUGCAGACUUCGCGAACAUCAAACAAUUUAUAAGAUUAUUAGAAUAGUUGGUACAUGAUCGCUCAACCCGUUACUCAUCAACAUAAAAAUUGUUGUAUCGAUAUUCUGGCAAGCUUGUAGUCUCUGUAAUUUUGCUCCGCUCUCGUAACAUUUUCCUAUGAAUAUAAGUGAGAACUCAACGUUGGUUAAACUUUCAACUCAGUGAAUAAAGUAGGUGUAAUACGCCAUCAACGUUGACUAAACUUAAAGAUUCUACGGAUUUUAGUGUGAGACGGAAGUGAAAACGAGUGAUGCAAAAAUGUGAGGACGGAGGUCGAAAAUUACCUAUAGCUCGAAUAUUAUGUUAUAGUGACUUCACACCGACUUCAUGAGCAUUUCGAGUCUUCUUCGUGCUUUUGACCUUAAAAAACCCUGCGAAUUCUUUCGAUUGCCUAAAUGUUCUAAUAAUUCUAGACUGCGUGAACACGGAAGCUUUUGGCGUGUACGUCUACGUGAGGAAUGAAACUAAUUUAUAACUAAAUUAUAGUACAUUUGGAGACAAAUUAGCAAACUAAAGAUAGAAUAAAGAAACUUACAUUUUUAUAUGUGAAGGAUAUGCAAAGAUAUAUGACAAAAAAAUGUCGCAAUGUCGCAAAUGUUACGAUAGACUUGCACGAAUGAAACUGAAAACGAAGAAGUGACAAGAGAGUAAUUAAUUAGAAAAUAAAAUAAAUAAUUUUACAUUUGUGUAUGUAAAGACGUAAUAAAAGGAUAUGUUACUUUAUAUUCUCUCAAUAUAUAUACAAACAUGGGAGAAAUGAAAGUUUUACCUUCGAACGAAAACAGAAGAGUUACACUACUGUCCAAAAUACUAGGAACAUAAAGCAGAUUAAAAAAGAAUCUUUAGUUAUACAUAAAAGUAGUAAGUUACGCCUAAUAAUAAUAAUAAUAAUGAUAAAUAUCGUUAAAUUAGUUGCGCUUGAUGUUACAAGUAUAUAAAUUAUGUUUUAUAUGUAUAAUAUUUACAUAAGCUAUACAUAUAAACAAAUUUAUAUAACACAAUAGAUUAUAAUUAUUUUUUAGUUAUGUUCCUAAGACUACCUUGACGACAGUAGUGUACAUAAACAAAAACUCGAUGUGUGACUUGAGUGCACUCCUGUUUAUUGAAGUGUCAAUGCAGGACAUCUAGGAAUCUUUAAGAAUUUAGCGAUAGGAUUUAUUUUGAACAUUAGUCAUAAUGAAACAACGAUGAAAAUAUAACGGCUCCCUGAGCAAAGUUUCUCGGGAGUGCGAUUCGUUUUGCUCGUAUUCUCAAUAUGAUUUAACAAUAUAUUGGUCCUGUAGUUUCCAUGAACAAUACUGUGUAUUCAUAGUAUCAGUUCAAAUGAUUAUAAAAAAAAAAAAAUUCGUUGGUUGUCCCACGUUGUGAACAUACUUUUAAUUCAGAUUUCUCAAAGCGUAGUAUUCGGGAAGAAACGAAUCGAUAGCUCACGACAGCUUCCCGAAUCUUUUUAAGAUUUUGUUUUUUAUCUUUGUAGAAUCUUGGACGGUGUUCUGAACUCUUUUUUUUAAAGGAGAGUUCAGAAUACCGGAUAUUCGACUUUGGCUUAAAAUUUUUCGAUCAUGAACGUCCUAGAAACUUGCUUCAGACCCUUGCGUCUUUUUUUAUGUGAUCGAAUGUUUAGAUUUUCGAACAAUUUCUUUUUUUCUGUAUCAUUGAAAUGUAGGUUAUUUUUUAAUCCUGAUGCUUUCUAAAUUUUCGGGUCAUCAGAAUCCGGUGUAAAAUGUAUAUACAUCAUAAUGUGUGUAUCUCACUCGUUAAACAAAUAAAGAUCAUUACAGAACAUUUUACGACGACGUGAAAUAGUUCCAGAAGAGUAAGAAAUAAUCAUAAGAGUCUCGGAAAUUGCAAAUAGUCAAUCGUGUAAAAAUUAUUUAAUGUAAAAAGUCUGAAGAAGCGAAAAAAAAAUGAAAUGGCUUGAUAAUUGUUAAAUGCGAAGAACUGAAGAACGGACUCUGACACUUAACUUGUAACAUUAUAUAAUAGUGAGUAAGCUAUAUUUUGUUUAAAUCAGUGAGUAAAGUGUACAUGCAUACAUGUGAGCGUGCGUAUAUGUGUGCGUAUGUUACGUAUUACAUAAGUUUCUCUGCAUAUUGUCCUCAUAUUGUUCCUUAAGAGCAUUAUCAAGUUACGUAAUUCUAUAUCAAUGUAGAUUGUUCGUCGAUAAACGUUCUCAUUAGACACACACAUACACACACGCACGUAUAAACACACAUAUUACACACCACACACGCGCAUACACGUGGUUUGCUCUUCCUGCUGCACUUACUGCAAUUGUUUUUCCCCAUAAAAUUCCAAUUAUCAUUCUGCAAUCUUCCCACCAUUUUCUCAUUUCAUUUUUCCGUCUACGAUAUGAAAUAUGUACGAAUAUCUACCAUGUAACGUAUUAUUUCACAAAUAACGAAUUCUUUCACCUA